UCUCACAUUCCAUCAUUGCUUGCAGCACUUCGAUUCUCGACAUCAGCAUAUCAUCUCCUGGAAGCUCAUACUCCCCGCCGCGUUCAAGACACAAGGCCUCUCCAUGGCUGAAGAUCAGAGUUCUUCCGACGCCUCGACUGACUGCGUUAUUUGCACCUCGAAAUCCACAUCGCUCUGCGCUCGUUGCCGAAGCAUUAGAUAUUGCUCCAAAGAAUGCCAAGCGACCGAUUGGCCUCGCCAUAAGAUCUUUUGCAAGAAAUAUGCCGAGAAGUCGCCACGAGUGGAGAAACCCACCGGUGGCUCGUUUACAGAUAUGACAGCUCUCCACCCAAUGCUGGAUCAAUACGUUGACUAUGUAUCGGAAGAACGGACAAGUUAUCCACCGAAAGAAGUCAGUCACCCGUGGUCAACUAUACGUGGGAUCACAUUCUCGCACUUCUAUCCGGAUGAACCGAAGCAAUGGCUUAAAUGGUGUCUUGAAUCUCAUGAUGACUGCAACUCUUGGACCCAUCAUAGUGAUCAUGCAGCUCUACCAACUCGUCUCGUCGACAUUGGCAAUGGGACCGAUCAGCUCAGUCCUCGCUUAAUUGUUACCGCGGAUACUGAGAUGGUCGAUAAGAGGUACAUAGCGUUAAGUCACAGAUGGCCUACACCGCAGGAUUUGCAUCAAAUGGAUAUUCGAACAACAAAUGACUCUUUGAAUAAAAAGCUGGAGCGGAUUGAGGAGGAAAGGUUGUCAAAGACAUUCAAGUUUGCAAUAGGUGCUUGCCGAUGGUUGGGUACUCGCUAUAUUUGGAUUGAUUCACUCUGCAUCAUACAGGUAUGCCAGUGCAAUGACGAUUCUAGAUUGAAAGCUAAGUUUUGGAUGACUCGAAAGAGGACUGGGACGUCCAACCUAAACAGAUGGCUCUUAUUUACCGCAACGCGUUCUGCACGAUAGCUAUUAAUAUCAGAGAGUCACCGGAUCGACCUCUUUGGUCGAAAUGCGGCUACUCACAAGAGCUUUCAUCCCAUGGCUGGGUUGCCGACUAUUUCGCCUCUCGUAAAUGGAAAGAUACGGGCGAAAUAUGGAAAGGCUUUUUAGAAGGUGGCGAACUUGGGACUCGCGGUUGGUGCCUCCAGGAACGCCAGCUAUCGCCGCGAAUCUUCCAUUUCAUGGAGUCCGGUAUGAUGAUGUGGGAGUGUUGCUGCUAUAUGGGUGCUCUUGGAGGGCCUCAGGAGUUUGGUCCUCCUCAUUCUGAAGCCAAACCAGGACAUUAUCAAACCCGUCUGGUUGAUAUCG